GACGACGGAGGCGCGCGGCGUUCUGAGCGUGGUACGUCAUCCCCCCUAGUAACCCUCGGCAGCGUCUUGGGGAGAUAAGGCAACAAGAUGGGAUUGCUGUCGAUUUUGCGCAAACUGAAGAGCACGCCAGACCAGGAGGUUCGGAUCCUCUUACUGGGUCUGGAUAAUGGAGGGAAGACGACCCUGCUCAAGCAGCUAGCGUCCGAGGACAUCAGCCACAUCACACCCACACAGGGUUUCAACAUAAAGAGCGUGCAGUCUCAAGGUUUUAAGCUGAAUGUUUGGGACAUCGGCGGCCAGAGGAAGAUCAGACCUUACUGGAGAAACUACUUUGAGAACACUGAUGUCCUAAUUUAUGUCAUCGACAGUGCUGACAGAAAGAGAUUUGAGGAAACGGGGCAGGAGCUGGCCGAGCUGCUGGAUGAGGAGAAGCUGAAUGGCGUUCCCGUGCUGAUCUUCGCCAACAAGCAGGACCUGCUGACCGCCGCCCCGGCGUCGGAGAUCGCCGAGGGCCUCAACCUGCACACCAUCCGGGACCGAGUGUGGCAGAUCCAGUCCUGCUCGGCCCUCACUGGGGAGGGGAUCCAGGAAGGAAUGAACUGGGUCUGCAAGAGCGUCAAUGCUAAGAAAAAGUAGCUCUGAUUUCUACAGAGCAGGACUGGAAGGGAAAUGUACACAUACACACACACAACCUGCACCCUCCUGAUAUGUUGCUUUGAAUGUACACACACACACACACACACACACACAACCUGCACCCUCCUGAUAUGUUGCUUUGAAUGUACACACACACACACACACACACACAAAUACACACACACGGCGAUAUUCCAACAUGGACUUGAAGAGGAUUAAACCAUCCUGCAUCUUUGUUUUGCUUACACUUAUUAACCUCAGAGAAGCUUUGUUUGUCCCUAAACUAAAAAAAAGGAAAUGUUUCGGUUUUUAUUUUAAGGAAAAAACACUGCUCUUGCCAGCUGAAUCCGAGCCAUUCCCAUCUCUUUCCUUCACUUCCUAGGAACCCCAACAUUUCAGGAAUUGCCUGAUUGAUCACUGAAACUGCAAUGUUUUGAAUUUAAAGGGUACCCCCUGAGGAACAACUACUUUCCCCUUUUUGUUGAUGUAUCUCUUGGGGCUGAUGGAUGAGUGUCUUUCCACUUUAAGAUGGCUCUGUCUUUUUAUACCAUUCCAUGUCUGUUUGCUUUUCUUGCAAUGGCUCUGCUUGAAGUGAGGUAUAUUUUUGUAAUUCUUUAUUUAUGAUCAUGUAGGAUACAUACAAAGCCUAAACAUCUACUCUGGUGUGUGUGGGAUUUUAAGAACAAGAAAUGCUUUUUACUAGGUUGAACUUCCCCUAUAAAGGUUGAUACAUCUUCAUGUAUGUUUGAAAAAUAACUAAGAAUUUUGAAGAUAAAUGGUUAAGAGACGCUAAACUUUUUGUGACGAUCAAUUGUAAAUAACUCGGCCCUGUUUUCAUUUGUAAAGUUAUGCACUUGUUGUAGAAUAUACGUUACGUAGCUGGGUUUGUAGGCUUUAAUGUUGACAUAUCUAAUGUGGCAGAUUUGUAACAGAUUUACGCAAGUAAUAAUGUAUAACUUUGAUAACUUUGUGCAGUUCUCUCUCUUUCUGUUAAUGGAAGUCAUUCUUGGUCAUUUCUUUUGGAAAUUCCUGAAUGAUAUCUGUAAAAGAUCGAAGGUACGGGGAUAAAAAAAUAAAGUUUGACAUGGAGAUGGAUGUUUCCAGAAAAUGAAUCGGUUUCGUUUCAAAACAAUAAAAAAAAGCUUAAGGUGUGGAACUUUGUCAUUUUUUGCU